AACAAAGGACUGGCGAUUACGCGUUUAUGCCUGCCAUAUAGCCCAGUUUUAAUCAGCUAUAAGCUGCAUGUGAAAAACACUACGAAGGUGGAAAAAAGUAAUGCCAACCUCUUCUUUCCAGCACUACUUACCAUUGUGGCUGCCAGUCUGUUCGCGCUACAGACGGACGACAGAGAGAACGGCUUUCAGGUCAACCGAGGAGAAGCAUUCUACAUCCAGGUUGUAUCAAUUAUCCUCAACUUUCUCGCCUUCAUAAUGUCUCUGUAUGAUAUCAUCAUUUGGCGAAACAGUGGAGAUCCAACAAUGCCCCAUGGUCAUGAUCCUACAGGCGAGGAUGCUACCACUUUCAACAACCCUGGUUUCCGAGACCGACGCAUCAACAACUCUGGCGGAAUUUCUAUGACGGAUGCAAGUGGUAAACCGUAUGUCCACUCACCUGGCAGCAGUCAUCAGCAGAAUGCAGCAAAUGGCAGUAUCAUCUCGAUGACCACCGCAACAUCCUCAAACGGCUCUACAGGUGGAUCGGUAACGAGGAGUCCGCUGAGAUCCAGUCUCAAGAAACCGAGACCAAAACAAGAUGGUAUGGGAAUCCAGAACCCAGGGUUCAGUGGACAUUCACCAACUCUUUCAAGAAAUGGCAGCAUGAAGAAAGUUCGUAUUCAGACGCACAGUACAGCUGUGUGAAAUAAGAAAGUACUUUCAGAAUUUAUGAGACUCAUGUGCAUGAGAUAAUGAACUUAAAGUUCAUAUGUACAUAAAUGCUUAUUGGCAGAAGAGCACGUCACUUUUGUUAUAGCACUUUUUAAAGCAGCCGAUAUGGCAGCAGGUGUGGGAUUCUGGGAAACAUUCAUCUCGUCAUUAUGAUGUCUUAUCGGGUGUCACGGAACAAGAUCAUUCAGAAGAAAGUGAUUUAAAAAUUCAUUUAUUCUUAUAUUGUCAUUUGUAGGGCUCCAGGUAUAGAACUAGUCCCUUAAUAAAAGCUACUGACAACAUUGCAAAUAUUUUUAAUUUCCUUUCUAACUUUACACAUGGCAGUCAGUCAACUCAUUAUUAAUUAUAUUUUACUUUACUUAGAUUGACGUUAAAAGUGUACUUAUAAUAAGUCUGUGUUAUGUUUCCCACAGAGAAUGCAUAUUUCUGGAGCUCUGAUCGCGUUCCAGACAUUUAAUCCAAAAUUAAUGGGGCUCAUUUUUAACUGUAGAAUUGAAUUAUUGUUGUACAGAAUCGUAUGAGUGUGCACAAUGUCAAGGAAUAAAAUAUACUACCAGUAUUUCAAAUGAA